CCCGCCCCGCCCCGCCCCGCCCGCAUGGGGCUCCUGCAGCUGCGUCCGCCCGGCCCCGCGUGAGGCUGCCCCGGCCCCAGCCCCGGUCCCGGCCCUGCUUCUCCGCCGCGAUGUCCGCGCCCUGCUGCGCAGGCCAGCUGGCCUGUUGCUGUGGUACUGCUGCUUGCUCCCUCUGCUGCAAAUGUUGCCCCAAGAUAAAGCAGUCUACAAGCACCCGUUUCAUGUAUGCACUUUACUUCAUACUUGUAACUCUCAUCUGUUGUAUCAUGAUGUCAAGAACUGUAGCUACUCAAAUGAAAGAUCAUAUUCCUUUUUAUGAGGAGAUGUGCAAACACCUCCAGGCAGGUGAAACAUGUGAGAAGCUGGUGGGGUACUCGGCAGUGUACAAAGUCUGUUUUGGAAUGGCGUGCUUCUUCUUUAUUUUCUUUUUACUCACCAUCAGAAUCAACAGUAGCAAAAGCUGCCGAGCAUAUAUUCACAAUGGGUUCUGGUUCAUUAAGCUUCUAGUUCUGGUAGCCAUGUGCUCAGGAGCUUUCUUCAUUCCUGAUCAGAAAACGUUUCUUGAUGCAUGGCGCUAUGUAGGAGCAGCGGGAGGAUUCCUUUUUAUAGUCAUUCAGCUUAUCCUGCUUGUGGAGUUUGCACACAAAUGGAAUAAAAACUGGACUGCAGGCACACAACAGAAUAAACUGUGGUAUGGUUUACUAGCUCUGGGCACUCUAAUCCUGUAUUCUGUAGCUGUGGCUGCCUUGGUUUUGAUGGCUAUCUUUUACACACGCUCUGAUGGCUGUACCUUCAACAAGAUCCUGCUUGGUGUGAAUGGCGGCCUGUGCUUCCUUAUUUCUUUGGUAGCCAUAUCACCUUGUGUCCAGGAUCGUCAGCCCCAUUCUGGUUUGUUGCAGUCAGGACUCAUCAGCUGCUAUGUCAUGUAUCUCACCUUCUCAGCUCUGUCAAGCAAACCACCAGAAACUAUCCUGGAUGAAAACAAUAAGAACAUCACAAUUUGUGUACCUGAAUUUGGCCAAGGACUGCACAGGGAUGAGAACCUGGUUACUGGACUGGGUACUACCAUCCUGUUUUGCUGCAUUUUAUAUUCUUGUUUGACCUCAACUACCCGUGCGAGCUCUGAAGCACUGCGAGGAAUAUAUGCAACACCUGAAACUGAAGUGGCUCGUUGCUGCUUCUGCUGUACACCUGAUGGAGAUGCUGAUACGGAGGAGCAUGCUGUAAAAAGGGGAGGUCAGACUGUAAUUUAUGAUGAAAAGAAAGCCACUGUGUACAGUUAUGCCUACUUCCACUUCAUUUUCUUCUUGGCUUCUCUUUAUGUGAUGAUGACAGUAACCCACUGGUUUCAUUAUGAAGAAGCUGAGAUUGAAAAAAUCUUCAGUGAAAGUUGGUCCAUCUUCUGGAUUAAGAUGAUCUCGUGCUGGGUGUGCAUCCUGCUCUACUUAUGGACUCUCAUAGCACCUCUCUGCUGUCCAACCAGACAGUUCUCAGUGUGAAGAUUUUCCAGAGCCAUUUAUUCUGUUAUAAGUAUACCACAUCAGUCAUUUUUGAUGGAGGUAUCAUCUCAACCAGGCAUAUUAAUGUGGUGGUUAGUGACUUUUUCUGUCGGAAGAAACUCUAGAGCCGAAGACUUUUAUUAAACCAUUUUUAACUUUGUAAACAGAUGAAGUCCCAAGGAACAUGUGUUUAGUCAAAGGUGUUGCAACACUGGUGCAGAAGGGGAAGGAACAUGUGUAAUGUUGCAUAUACUAGAAAAUGUAAAGGUUUUUGAAUAACUGACAAUCUUCUAUCGAAACAAAAGUAAAACAAAACAUAGUGUAAAUGCAUUUUCCUUCUUGAGAACACCAGGUGCCUUCUAGCCAAAAAAAGUUAUUACUAGUACUGUCAGUGACAUCUUUUUUUACAAGGAAAGUAAUCAUGAUGCUGAUUCAAACUCAUCUUGUAUUGCACACCAAUUGAUACUAGAAUCCAGGAAACUUUUUGACAGAAGCAUCUACGUGAAAAAAUAGCAGAUCAAUAAGUAUUUGACUACAGUGGGAGUUGGGCAAAGCAUCUGCUCAAAAAUGGCUUCUCUUACUCAAUAUAUUAAGUUAUUGUAAACAUGGAAUGAGAAAAAUGUAUCAAUGGCUAUAGAAAUAUUUAUUAUAUUAACCAAAAGGCACCUUUUAAUUAGUUUAUUAUAUGAGAAGAGUGGUGAAAUGGAUUUUAAACAUUCAGAGAUUAUAGAUACUGUACAAGAAAAUAGUGGUAAAAACCUCUCAAUUCAAACAUCUAUGUAAGCAAAAUAUUUAUGUAAUUCAAGAACUGGUCCAGUUGUCAACAAAGGAUUAAUGCUGUCUGUGCAGCUGAUAGUCUAAUGUAGUUCUGAGGGAUUUGCUUUGUAAGUGCCGGCUGAGUGCAGGCUGAGAAGUUUAUCCAGGGAUAUUAUGCAGGGUACAUCCUUGAUUCUUUCUUUUUUUUCCUUUCUAAAUUGAAUGUGUAUCACUGACAGAGGAAGUGCUGAGCAAAUGUAAGUGAAUGUUUCCAGUCACUCUUAAACCUCAAAAAUGAAAGUUUAAGGGUAUAUUAACCUGAACAUUAUUUCUUUCUUAUCUCUAUCUAAAUAUUUCCUUUGCCACAGCCUCAUUUUUCUGUCUUCCCUACUCACUUUGUUAUGCUUUAAAGUUCAGUGAUGAUCAGCAAAAGGGACUGUGCAUAAUGCCUUCUUCUUAUUCAACCUGCCUUCUUAUUCAACAGACCUGUGCACAUUUCCUGGGAUAUAAACUUAUUACUUUUCUACUCCUCUUGGCUGUUCUGGGACAACAGCACUAUGGGGGUGGGAGCUAGAAUAUUUUAAUUACACAUUUUCUCAGAGACUGGAUAGCUCUUAUUCCAUUUUCAGAAUCCUCAUUGCUAGAAUUUGGGCUAGCGAUUUAACAACCAAAUCUCAGCAUGAAUAGAACAUCCUUGAUCAGGAAAAUUACCUGCUUGGUGAACAUUGUAAGAUUCAGUGUCAUUUUAGUUGCUUUUUAUGAUAGAAGUAUACUUGAAAGACUUCAGUUGCUAAAUAGAUGAAAUAUAAUUUGAAGCUUCUGAAUGUCCUAGGUUUUAAGUGCAACUAUUUACUAUAAAAUUUAAAAAAUCCAUCAACUGUGAUACAGCAAGAAGUGACCAGUUCUGGGCUGGCAUGUCUCACUCUCAGUAGCUAUAGUGUAAUGUAGAAAAGCACAAUAUAUUGAGACAAGUGGUUUGUCAACUUGCCAUCAUGCCUUGAUCAUUCUAUAUUGCAAUAACUGUGGCAGUUAUUUUACUGCACAGCUGAUAAAUUGUCAUCUGCUGGGGGACUUGUUCUGUGAACACUUUCUCUCUGGUGUUCUCACUGUGCCUACCUGGGCACUGAGGUGUAUCUCCUUCCUGCCUGACUGUCUCCUCCUAAACCUCUUCCAUAAACAAGCCUUACUCAAAUGCAGCCUACCAUCCACGAUGGCUCCCAGUAUUGCAUUCUAGCAGUUCAGAUCAACACGAAUGUUCUUUAAACUAAAAACAUCAUUUAAACACAGUAAAAACAAACUUAUCUGUCUUUUGGGAGAGACUGGACACCACUUGGCCCCAAGUCAUCUAAGUUAAGCAGUUUCAGGCUUCUCCUUAGAGCUGAGAGGGGGAGGCUGGGGUUCUGUCCAAUUUGGAGCCUAGAAGGGUUGAAAUACUCCAAGCACUUGCAUACUCCUUCCACUAGCAAAGUCUGCAAACUUGGCACAGUUCUAGAGACACAUACGGCCUUUCCCUUUGUUCUGAAGAGUUUCCAUAGCCUCAAAAUUCCCACUCUGCUGUGAUUUGAUGGAGGAUUUCUUCUCUCAGGAAGUGAAUCUGGUCUUUUCUCCUCCCAUUUAGACCUCGCUAAAUAAAUAAAUGAAAAGUAGUGUAAAUAAAUGUUGCUGUUAAGGGAAUGGCAUAUAAGUAGUUUUGUGCAUUCUGAUUGGUUUUAUUUCCAUUGUGGGGCCUAUACAGAUAGCCCCUCGUACCAGCUAUGAACUCUGGGAGGGUGCUGUGAGUCUAGCCAAGCAGAUCUCUGCACCAGCAGGUUAUGCAUUUACAAUCUAGUACAGCCCCUCUUUCAGGCAAGAGCGUAAGAGUCCUGAGAUGAGACUGUUUGUUUGGGUGCCUUGCCCAAACUGUAACAGUAACUGUAGACACUAGGGCGGGGUUAGCAAGGUAUGGCCUGUGAGUUGGAUCCAGCCCAUGAAGCCACAGGGCUUAGCCUGUGCUGGGACCAGGCAGCUGGAAGCUAUGUCUGUGCUGCUGCCUUUUCUCUUGCUCCCUGCCUGUAGUGUGGAUGUAGCUUCAAGCCUGUGAGGUGCUGUGCUGCAGCUGGAAUGUGGAAAGUGGGGGCUGGCAGCAAGCUUCCAGCUGCCCAGUCCCUGCACAGCUCCCCAGCAGGGUGGAAGCUGCACCUAUGCUGCGGCCAGGGAGCUGGGGGAAGUGCACACGCACAUGCACGCGCUCUCUCUAGCAUGCAUUGCUGGAGCCACCCAGCUCACUUUGAACCAGGUUGUUCUAGCCUAUGGCUUGUUAAAAGUCCCCAGUCAAUGUGCUAGGAUGUGAGUGACUGAACUGAUAUAAUAGACAUGACCGAUUCAUUUUAAAGUAAACUUUAAAGUCAUUUAUUGCCAAAAUGUCUGGCUGAGCUUAUUAGCUGAGCUAUAUGUUACAGAAAUUAGAAGCACCUUGUGGAGUUUCAAAUUCUUCUGGUUUGGUACUAGAACUGUGAACCACUAUUGAGAUGCAGAGAAUUCCUUAUACAAGCACCUGUACAGGUAGCCUUGCAGUUCUGUAUUUAAAUUUAUAAAAAACAAAGUUUUAAUGAUUUAAAUACCAGUGUGUUUGUAGUAUGAAACAACCCCUAGCCAGAUUACUCCAGACCAGAGAAGGUCAGCUAGUAUACUGAAUUAUGGUGUUAAUAUCGUUAAUCAUUCUUUGUAUCUGAUGGGCUGAAUCUCUUCAAUCAUUGCCCAUAAAAUGGAUCAUCUCUAUAGGGUAUCUUCAUCUUGGCCAACUGAAGGUUUUAGUCAGAUUCAGAAAUCCAAUCCAAAAGCAGUAUCUCUCUGCAAUUACACUUUUUGUAUGCAUAUUUGCAUUCUCCUUGUAGUUUAGAUUAGAUUAUUUAGGGAAAUAGCUAUUUCCUACAGAAGAAAUUAUGGUUGCAGAAAGGAUAAACCUGUAAGGCACCAGCAACUCUGCCUGCUCAGUGCUUGCUGCCGUGGUCUCUCCUUGUACAGGUCUUCCAUGUAUAUGAGUCGGGGUCCUGCUCUGGGGGACUUCCUCAACUUAGUUUUUGAGGUGUCCAGGAUGAAGGAUAACUAAGAUCUUGCCCUCCCUCCUGAAUCCAGGAUCCCCACAGAUUUAGUUCAGCUCAUCUGGGGUUCAGCAUAUACCAUACUGAAGGAGGCCUCCAUUUCUUGAGAGAACCAAAGGCUUCUUGAAAGUUCCAAGAUUGUAAAUUUGAUCCUGAAUACUUUUCUUCGUUGUAGCUGAAAAUCUAAUUGAACUUGGAAUAAUCAUUCAUUCCCUUGUUUUUGUGAUUAGUUUGCCAAGAAAGCCAUUGUGGUUGCCCCAGUUCACUUUUAGCUUCAUCUCAAAUAGAAGCCAAGGUGACCUUUGAGAGCAAGCCUCUGAACCCAAACAUCUAGAUUGCAAAACAAGGUAAAAAAACCUUUACUAGAAAUCCUGGAGAAGCAAAAGGAUUUGUCUCCUAUACUGCAGUUGCCCUCAGUGUGACAGGUCCUCAAGGUAUUCAGGCCCUUCUAACAGGUAGGUACUGAAAGGAGAAGUGCUUUAUUGUUGGAAAUAAAAAUUGUGCUUACAAUUGCAAGGACUGUAAAACACUUUAUGUUCAGACUCUAUUUAAAAUUGACUGGCCUUUAUAAAAUAUAUUAUGCUUUUCCAUUUAAUUUAGUUAAAGCCUAAUUGGAUAGUCUGGAUUUUUUCAGUAGACCAAUCAGAAUGCUUCCAUUUUGUCCCACUGAAACACAUUGAGGAAGGAAGCUUUGGAAGCAAGCUGCUUUCCUGAAACGGGUAAUUUAUUGUUGCUAUCCUGUAAGUAGUGCAGAGGUCUUUUCCUCUCCUAAUCAUAAACACUGCACGUUAUUUAUUUAUUUAUUAUGUAGCACCUUUUGCAAACUCCAAAUGCGUUUAUGAAGUUGCAAGCUAUGCACCUAUAAAGAUAAUUCUCCUUGCCUUUAAUGCCUUUAAUGGGGGCAAAUACUUCUAUCAGGAAAACAACUACAUCAUUAAAAAAUUAGUUUCUGGUAAAACAUUUUUCCAAUCAAUGCAUCAGGAGAAUGUAUGUAAUUAGCAUGUGCUCACCCUGCUUUAAUUAGACCAACAGCCUGUGAUGUUCUAAAACCUGUCGUGGAACUUUUGAUUGGAUCAGUAUCCAAAUAACCCACUGAUUUAUUUUCUUUUUUCUUUUACUACUUCUAACACUGUUCAGUUCUGUCCAAAACGAGAUUAAAACCCAAUAUGAUGACAGUCCACGUGUAUUUAUUGUCUGAGCUGGCCUAAGGAGAAAUGGCACCCUGGGCGAACUUGUAUUUUGGUGUCUCCCUCCUGGUGCAUUGCCCACCCCCUGCCCUCCAGGUCAGCAGCACUUCAGGUUGUUUCAUUCUCCAGAAAUAUUCUUAUUUCUCCUCCUUAUGGUCUGUGGAUCCCAGUUUGCAUAGCCAGCUCUCCCCGGUGAGAGAAGUUCCUAACCUACAUAAAAGUGGCCAAAUCCUUACUUGACCCCUAAAACUGAGGUGUUUUUAAUGAUGGUAAACCUCAAAGAGUGCUUCUCUCACUAAUAAGUCUCUUAUCUGCUGGAUGAGGUAAAAGCUGGAGCAGGGUCUUGAAUGAGAAAUGUGAAUCAGUGCUAGUAUUUAAAACUGACUCAGCUGUGCUAAGAUGACUUAUUUCUGAUGCCUGUAAUGGAGUCUAGUCCCAUUCCCUAUAACCUCUUGGAAGGAGGGAAAUGUAUCAUGAAUGCAGUGGAUUUUAUUUAGUUUUUAUAGUUUUGUAUAAACUUUGUCUCUUGAUACUGGUGCUUUACAUGAUCCUGUCAAAGGGAAUCGCAGGGAUCGUGCAUGGCUUACUGUUUUGACUCCUAUUUUUGUACUUCUGAUACCUAAAGGGCACAGCACCCACAAAGGGGGAGCGUUCAGAGAUUAUUGAACUGACACACGUGUGCCCGUACCAGUAGAGUCCUUAAGUUCAAUGGCUGAGACUGGCAUGGUGACUCGCGUUCUAACAUCCGAGGAUAGUUUGGAGGUUUGAAUAAGACCUUAAACCUAUUUACCUUACUAAUCACAAGGAUUUCUGGUAUGACUUAAAAGCUGUUCCACAGCUCUGAUGUAUUAUAAUGAAAUGAUAGUGUAUAGUUAUUUAGUAUUUAAAAUAAAUUGGCUUUUUUUUCCCCAAGUCACUUUGAUUGCUUUGACUACUGUAGAUCAUAAGCCAUUUGCACAAAUAUUUUAAGAAAUGUGGUUGUCAGUUUGGGAACCUUUCCAGCAUCCUAACAAAUGCUCUGGAAGUUUUGGGCAGUCAGAUUUGUGGGGUGCAACACUAACUGUAUUUUUGCCAAAGAGUUUUCAUUCUGAAGCCAAGACAACAUUUGGACGGCUAUAAAGAAAUCAUGUAAUUCAUACUGUCAUUUUAUUUUUCCCUUAUUGAAAUAUACCCAGGUUUUUAAAUAUUGCUGGGCAGUAUUGAUGCAAACCUGAUGUUAAAAAAGAUAACAUGGGAAGUAUCUUUUCAUUUUGAGCCUAGUAACAACAUUUAUAAUAUACAAGUUCAAAAGAAAUACAAGGUUCAUUUGCAUAUUUUGUAUUUAGCACAAAUCAGUCCAGUUUAAUUUUGUAUUCCAGGUUCAAAACUGGAUACAAAAGAUUAAAAAUAACUUUUGUUUUUAAUGGCAAUUUUUAAUUUUAAAAUAUUUUUUAAAGUUCUUUAAUAUAUCAAAGGAGUUUUUAAUCUCUGUAUUCUCUUUUUAUAAAUUGUAGCCCAGUGAAAUAGAGGUUUACUAGCUUUAGCUUAUUUAACAGUUUAUUAAUGUUAUGAUCUCUAGCUAUUGUAAUACUGUUUUGAAUUUUGAGAGCUGUUGAAGAUUUCAGAACUUAAGAACAAUUCAGUUGUAAACACCUUUGCAUUUUUUAAAGCAUGUUAAUAGUUUUUCUAUGAACAUUUCUUUUGUACAUUGAGUGAAUAUGGUGUCAUAGAUUUAAUAUUUAAUGGACCAAUAAAGUUCUACUUAUGUUUGAAA